CAUCAGGCCAUGCCCAGCGCUCAAACUCUCUGAGGCACGAUAUGGUCCGUAACUCUUAAAUGAGAGGGGGCCAGUGCAAAGACAUGAACUCUUGUCAAAUGAGGUACUAAAGCUGCUCAACCUAUUGGACUCCACAAACAAACCCUUAAGCCAACCUCGGAACACUGAAAGGACAGAAGUGGAUUUUUUUCCCCAUGAUGGCAGUCCUAAAUGACAGUACCCCCUUGAACUCAACCUUAUUUCCUUGUACGACCAAAAACAUUGAAAACCAGAAUUGCACUGAUUGGCCUAAGGUGCCUAUGAUCACAAUCAUCCCCACUAUCUACAGCAUUAUUUGCGUUCUGGGCAUCAUUGCCAACACUCUGGCCGUGUGUGUAUUGGCCCACACUAGCACCUCAAGGAGAACUGUCGCCAACACUUUCAUGCUUAAUCUUUGUGUAUCGGACCUUCUAUUCCUGCUGUCUCUUCCACUGUGGGCUGUGUACUAUUCACAAGGCUACAACUGGCCGUUUGGACAAUUGGUGUGCAAGAUCUCCGGGAGUCUCCAUAAUCUUAACCUUUACGCGUCCAUAUUCUUCAUCACUUGCAUGAGCAUGGACCGAUACCUCGCUUUGGUGCAUCCACUGCGCUCUCAGAGUGUUCGAGACCCGAAACGGGCCAAGCUCAUUUGCAUCCUAGUGUGGAUUCUGGCGUUUGCUUGCACGGCGCCAACUAUGGCACUGAGGACCACUCACUACAUCAAGGAGUAUGAUGUGGAAGCCUGUGCGAUUAUCUAUCCAGAUCACGUCUGGUAUCAGACCCUGGCCUGGAUGAAAGUACUUCUAGGCUUUUUGCUGCCGAUGAUCAUCAUCUCUUGUUGUUAUUGUGCAAUUGGCCGACACUUCCUGGCUGGUUCUGGACUCGUACGUCAGCGGAAGGGAGCAUGCUCAAGCAGUACAUUUAAAUCUUCAGGAUCACAGGACAGCUGCAGUAAACCAGAGAGACCCCCGACCCCAUGUGUGAACCCCAGCUCAAGCGGAGGCAGACCCAAGGAGGGGAGAGGACUGGAAAGAGUCUUGUGGACUGUGGCUGCUGUUGUCUUGGCUUUCUUCUUUUGCUGGUUCCCAUUCCAUUGUGUGACAUUUAUAGACAUACUGCAGAGUAAUGGCUGGUUGGGCAGCUGCUGGGCAAAUUGGACCAUCAGAAACCUCACACCCCUCACCCUCUGUUUGGGCUUCUCUAACUCUGCCAUUAACCCGGUGCUGUACUGUUUCAUUGGAAAUCAUUUCCGGGGUCGACUAGGCGCCCUUAGUAAGGGUCUGUGUGCACGUUUGAAGGCUCCUGAUGAGGAUAACAGUCAAAAGAGGGGCUCCUUCAGCACUAGGCUCAGUUCUUUCUCCCGAAAGCUUAGUGACUUGAAAGAUCUGGCAAUUGUUGAAGCAUCUGCCCAUACUUAAGCAACUGAUUGGGUACCUUAAAACUGGGCAAGUAUACAAAAAUAAAGAGGGGGAAAUAAUGUAACCUGAAGAUUGAAACUACUUUUCCAUAGCUAAUUAGAGUAAUAAGAUGAAAAUUUCUUCAUGCAAAGUAAGAAGGAAAUGAAGCUUACCGUUUUUCUUGAUAACACAUGAAAUAAAGUUCCAGAGUUGUUACUGUUCAAUAACCUUCAAAUACUGUAUUUUUUCUCUAUCUGAUAUCUACUGGCUGUGUGAUGUCAUCAUGAAUUAAAGUUCCAGAGUUGUUACUGUUCAAUAACCUUCAAAUGCUGUAUUUUUUUCUCUAUCUGAUAUGUACUGGCUGUGUGAAUAGAGGAUCACAUGGCUUUCAUAGAACCCAUUGUGGAGCCGGAAGACGUGUUGAUGCAGUCUAAAUGGACUUUUCUGCACAUCCUUGAAAAUAAGAAAAAAAUAUUUCGGGAGAAAAAUACUUUGUUGUCACAUUGUGCCUGUUCCUCAAUGACUACGCUGAAAUGGUCUGGAUACCAAACCAAGGAUGACUACCUUUGGUAUGUUAUCUUUAUGUUUUAUUGUUUUUCAGAGUUGUUGUUGUGUAGUUAAAGCUUUUGACAUGUGCCGAGGCAUCUUUUUGUGCCAUGUCUUAUAGGAUGUUAACUUGACAUCGCUCCCUCAAGUUGCAUAACACUUCGACACAUCAAUGCAGACAUCUUCGAUAAUGGAAAUAAUUGGAUGAAUAUACAUAUAUGUAUAUGGGUGUAUACAUAUAGAAUUUUAAAAAAGACAAUUUCAAAAUAAAAUUGAAAAAAUGAGAGAAACAUUAUUAUUCCCUCCUCCUUGGAAUAACCUCGCAAAAGAUUGCACAUAUCAAGGCUGCCUAGCAAAGUCUCACACAGAUGCUCCGAUGAUGCAUUCCAGUCAAUUGAUUAUCUCUGUCUUCUAUUUGUGUCUAGUAUAGAUCUUCCACAUGCCAAAUGACCCUGGUCUGCCACUAUGUGUGAACACAUUUUUUGUUUUCCCUGCUGAUGGCUUACAAGCAAGGAUGUAGAUUUGGUCUCAACAUUGGUAGGGACGAUAUAACUUGCAUGUACACUUUUUGCUGUGGACGGGACAUUAAUAAGACGAACCACAUUAUUGAACGUGGGUCAGGGCUACAUUUCUCAUGAAUAUGAACCUAAUUAAUUGAUAGACUAAAUGAUCAAUACAAAAUAAAUCUU